AUGGAACUCGCACAAAGCGCAUCCUGGGUCCCUCCCGACACCUCGCAUCUCCAGUUUCACGACUGUGACGUUGUCGCUACCUGGUCAAUGGCCUUCUUCAUGUCUCUAGAUCUUCCCGCCCAAAUGACGAUAUAUCUAGUGCAGGAUGCCUUCACGGAAUACUGGGACGAGAAUAACAUUACUCAUCCGGACCCCGCCAACGAAAUCCUACCAUGGGCCGUUGAUUCAGGCGAGCCGGUAUUCCUCCAGGCACUCAGUUACACCAACGAUGAAUGCAAGUCUGAUUUCUGCCGCCUGCUGCCCUGGGCGGGGAACGCAGAUUUGGCAGGAAGAGGUAUGGUCGUAAACUACUGUAUACAAGCCGUUUUCGUGACCUUGUACAUUGCCGUACAUAUGGCUGCGCGCUUUGGCUGGCGCCCCAGGAGCAGAAGCAUCGCCCAUCGCGUCCUCACCGCUGUGCAAGAAUCGACGAGGCCGUUCCUCGAUUCUGCUCUGCUCUUCUGCGUCGCGGUACACUUCGCCGCCAUGUUUACUUUCGUCCGGGGGCGCGUCGACGAUGACAGUCCCACACCCACGACAGGCGCCGUGGUCUCCGUCUUCAUCGCACUUUACACCAUCUUCCCCCCGCUCGCCCUGCACAGCUGCGCAGCCGAGCAUCUCCGCCGCAAGCAUGGUCGCCGAUAUAUCUGGAGCUUCGUCGGCGCGCUCACAGUCAUUAUGAGCGGCCUAUACUAUAGCGAUCCCCAGAGCCCCUGGCGACGGCAGUGGGCAGACUGGGACAAUCUCAGCGCCUAUCUGAGCGCCGACGAGACAGAAAUCGAUCGUCUACUGGAGGAAGACCCGGACCAUCAACUGAAGUGGGAAAGCUUCUGCGUCACGAAGCUGGGCGCAGACCGCGCCAACUGGGCAUUCACCAUCAUGCUCGGCAUCAUCACCAUCCUGGUGCUUCUCGAUCUCAUCAUCGUGGCAAACGCACUUCGCAUCCCGUUCCUCCGGAGCGAGCGACGCCCCAUUCUGCGCAGCGUGUGGCGUUACCGCUGGGUCCUCUCGGCCUUCUUCGCCCUGCAGGCCAUGUGGGUGUGCCUGGGGAUAUUCUUCUGGUUCCGCAACGAGCUCAACAAGCACGCUGGGCAGGAGAACAAAGACCGGCAGUGGACCUUCGGCCAGAUCCUGGCCGUUGCUACCUGGGCGCCCGUGAUCAUGGAGUUCUAUGUCCUGUGGCGCGACGGCGCGGAGAAGGGUCUCACUGGGCUGUUGAGCGAUCGUUAUGUGGUCCUGAGCGGGGACGUCGUGCAGCACAACGAGAAGGACGUGGAUGCUUCCCCGCAGCCAGAUCUUGAAGGCCAAGGAGACGUUCAAGCGCGAGGCUCUGGGUCGUUUGACUAUGGGCCCCUGCAACAGCAGGGAGAUCCUAUGGGAAGCGAUAGUUCGAUUGGCACGUCCAGAGAUUAA